AUGGUUCAUGUUAAAUUUGACGAAAAAGAAGAUGAGAAUGACGAAGCAAAACAAAAUCGACAGCCAAAAAUUGAACAUUUUAUGAAUUUAAAUACUACUCUAUUGUCAUUAGUUGAUUUCAUUCGUCCAGAAACGUAUAUUGCUCAAGACGAAUUAGAGCAGUGGGUUAGCAUAAAACAAAAAUAUCUUCAACAACCACAAUCUCAAAAACGAAAAAACCCCAAGCAAAUGAAGCGAGGUGAACUUGAAUUAGCUGAAAUACAAUCAGUCAGAACAACAUCGGCUAUUUAUCGAUUUUUAGCACGGCAUAAUACGAAAACCAAAAAAACAACUGGCCAACGAACAUCAAAGACAAACACAACAGCAUUGAGUCACGAUGAACUGUUAGAAAAACUCCAUUCAAAAAUGACGCAUCGAAAUCAAUCAAAAUCAGGAGAUGGAAAGAGCAAAAAACGAAAACGUUCGGAGGAAUCAAUAAAAUUAAGGAAAAAAACUAAGAAGCAAAAGACCUCAACAUCUUCUGCAACUCCAAAGACUACAAACAUAUGGGAACCAAGUUCCACCUCAGAUUCUACGCAACACCAAGGCAAUUCACAAACAAAUAUUCCUCAAUUAACUACAUUGACAUUUGGUAAAUUUGAUUUUGGUGAUCAAAGUGUAAAGAAGAAUAAAAAAAAUCAACCAAAAUCAAAGAAAUUAACUGAUAUAUUGAAAAAAGUUGAAAAUGAACAAUCAUCAUUGUCACAAAUUCGUGAUGAAAAUCCAGUCGAAGCACAUAAAUUAGAUUCCAAGGUACAUUGGGAAAAUGCUCUAUUAAAAGCACAAGGUGCCAAAGUUCGUGAUAAUGUUCAAAUGUUGAAAAAAUCAAUUAAAAAACAAACAAAAUUAAAACAACGGUCACAGAAAAAAUGGCAAGAACGUAUAGAACAAACAGAAAAACAACAUAGUGAUAAACAACAAAAACGAGUAGGAAAUAUUCAAAAACGAAAAGAUGAAAAGAAAGCAAAACAAAAGAAACGUGCAAUUAAAAGAGGACGAUUAGUUAAAUGA